ACAUAGUAACAGCUUAGAAACGUGUGAUCUGAAUGAAUGAUUAAAAUAAUGAGUUUAUAUGUUACAAUAAUGGUGAAGAUUAACAAUCUCAGCCUCACAAAAAUGGUGUCAAUAGCCAAUUAACAUUCAUGUGGAUGUCAUGUGCUGUACCGUAGCUUAGUCUACUGUAAUCUCUACACUCCUUUUAUUUAACUCAUGACAAUGCAAUCGCAUCUUCUCGUGGGCCCCAUCUCCAUCUCUUCCCAUGGAGGCGCUGCAGAAUCUAACUACCUCUCCGCCGCGCCGCCCACCCUUCCUCGUCGUCGGAGACAUCCCCUCAUCACAGCAGCCUCCUCUUCGCCUUCGGCAAUCAACGGCGGCGGUGACCACUACACUGUACUCGGCGUCGCCCGUUCCGCCGAUGUUGCUGAGAUCAAACGUGCUUAUCGCCUCCUCGCUCGCAAGUAUCAUCCUGAUGUUAGCAAGGAUUCACAUGCUGCCGAUUUGUUCAAGAGUAUCCGUCAUGCUUAUGAAGUACUAUCCAAUGAGACGACGAGAGUUCAGUAUGAUCAGGAACUUCAAUUCAUUCACAAGCCUUACCGAGAAAAAUGGAGUUACAGCCCGGAAUUUCAAGAUGAGGUAAGAAGCUAUAGAUGGGCCUACAUGAGGCACAAAAUGCGUAAUGAAAGAUACUGGGAGCAUUACAAUGUCAAUGAGGAUUACUACAACAGUGAAAUAGAUGAGAAGGAGGAUGAAGGGAAUUUAGAUGAAGAAAGGGGUUCAUUUAUUGAAGUACUUAGAUCAGCAUUCUUGUCCUUAUUAUUAUUCCAGACACUAGGAUCCCAUCUCUCCCUUACAUUUAGCAGUCUGACGGCAUUGUUUGAUAUGAAAUUAGAUGCUGGCUAUAAAGUUGGUUAUAUAAUAGCAUGGAUUUUGGGUGGGAGGGGCGGCAUAAUGUUAACAUUGUGCUUGUCAUUUGCAAGUUGGGUUUGUGGGAAAACAAGUAGUAGUGUGGUUGCACUAUUUAUGGUAGCCAUGUGGGUUGGCUCUUCCCUUUCAAGGUAUGCACCACUUCCCCAGGGUGCUCUGUUAACACUUAUCUACAUGUCCAUUAAGCUGCAAUCUGACCAAAUAUAAAGACCAUGCCUCUGCUAGCAUUUCUUUCUUCUGAAUUUGUUUGAUGUUGAUGUUCUUUUUUAUUGUGAAUGUGUUUGUACAUUAUAAUACAUUCCAGUAAAUGUAAAUAAAUGUAAGCCAUUUGCUGAUGAUGAAUAAUAAAGUGAGAAAUGGUUAAUGAGGUGGAAUAUGCAAAUUU